AUGGCAAAAGACGGCUUCGAGUUAUAUAGAUACACUCCGGAAUUAGGUGCGAGUAUACUUUUUACGGUACUUUUUGCAGUAUCAGGGGUAGCAUUUGUAAUUUUACUAUUCCAUUAUUCUGUGAAAAGUAAAAGGAGAGUUGGCUCUCUUAUGAAGUCCCAACCCGUAUUGCGGUAUUACGGUACGGUAAACUUAGCAGGAGCGUACAUUCCCUUUAUAUUUGGGUGUUUUGUUGAGUGUGUGGGCUUUGCGUUUAGAUGUAAAUCAAGCAAAGACACCACACUACUAAACCCCUAUAUUAUUCAAACGGUUUUCUUGCUGGUGUCUCCAACAUUAUAUGCUGCCAGUAUUUACAUGAUUUUUGGUAGAAUGGCUACUCUGCUGUUCGCAGAAAACUUAAUGAUCAUGCCCGCUAGAUUCAAUACUACAAUAUUUGUGAUUGGCGAUGUAGGCAGUCUUCUAUUACAAGCAAUUGGUGGUGCUAUGAUGUCUAAAGUGACAAGUGCAUCUUCUGGUUCUCAUCUCGUUACAGCUGGUUUGUUCAUUCAAAUUGCUUUUUUUGGUCUCUUCAUUAUAAAUGAGGUUUUGUUCAUUUUCAAGAUGAGCAAAAAACCAACCAAUGUAUCGGUAAGGUAUGGUAGUUGGAAAUACCUAAACAUUGCUUUAUUGGUGAACAGUUUCCUGAUUUUAAUUAGGUCGAUCGUCAGAGCUGUUGAAUUUAUUCAGGGUUAUGACGGAGAAAUUGCCUCGCACGAGUGGUAUCUUUAUAUUUUUGAUGGUUUACCAAUGUUUUUACUCGUAUUAAUUUUUAUUGUGGCGUUCCCACUAAUUAACAUUUUUAGAAUACAUGAAGAGUCUAUUCAAGCGCAACAAUCAGCAAGAUUUGACGGCACCGACUAUCCUGACGUUGAGGUGACGUCUAUCGAAGAAGAUCUCGCUUCAAAGAGCGAAUAA